AUGUCGGAGAGCACCCAACCAACUUCUACGGGGACAAAAAAAAGCGUAGGGCGUAAGCGAAAGUCAGGUCAGAGUGCUGAUCCUCUGUGUGAAGUUAUGAAAAUUUUUGCUGAAAGCACGGGUGCUCGUUUGGAGAAAAUUGCGAAUAGGAUUGGCUAUGAUUACGAUGUCUCAAGUGCUCGUAAGGAUGUUUAUUCUAUUGUGAGGGAAAUUGAAGGAUUGAACCUGCAACAACAGUUGCUAAUCUCCAAAAUGUUAGUAAAAAAUACCGACGAGUUGGAUCUGUUCUUCAGUCUCGAUAAUGUUGCCCGAGCUGAAUUCGUGCGAAUGAAGUUGACCGGAAGUAUUUAG